AUGCAACUCAAAAACUUUCUCUUUUAAAGUCUGAUAAUAAAAACAAAAUAAUUACAUACUUUUCACCUAUGAACUUAGAUGAUGAUGAAUUCAAUGAUUUAUGUAAAGGUUUUGAAACUUGGAACUUAAAUGAAGGCAAAGAAAAUUCUAUGGAAAUAGAUGAGAAAGUUAAAUUGGAUGAAAACCACAAGUUAUGGGCGGAAGAAAUGAUCCUUAAAGAUAAGCUUGACAAAGAAUACCUUCUAAUCAUUAGUCUUGCAUCCUUUACCAAAGAAGCUGUGCUCUUGGCUUACAGUAAAGAUUCAGAACCGCUGGGAGAAGGAAGAAUAGCUGUUAUACAGUCAAUUUCUGGCACCGGUGCGCUCCGGAUCUGGAGAUAUUAUGAUAAAUCAACUAAUAGUUUAGAUUUCAAUGAUUUCAUUGAAGAUAUCCAGAAUUCCCCCAAACAUUCCAUCUUUUUAUUAUACGCCUGCGCAUAUAAUCCUAUUGGAGUUGAUCCAAUGCCACAACAGUGGAAUCAGAUUUCUAAAAUUAUUAAGUCAUUUGCCAAAAACAUAGGACUUUACGCCGAAUAUGUUGGUUAUUUUUUAAUCAUCUCUGACAAUCCAAAAGAGAAAGCAGCGAUAGAUUCACAGUUAAAGAUUUUAAUUCGACCAAUGUACUUGAAUACUGCGAUAAACGGGGCAAGGAUAGCAAGCUAUGUAUUAAGUAAAGUCAAGACUAUAGCUGAUCAGAUCAUCACGAUACACGACAAACUCAAGAUGCAUUUAGUACAAGAUUUUGAAUCUAAACAUAAUUGGAACCAUACCACAGAUCAAAUUAAUAUGUUUUAUUACACAGGGUUAAAACCCGAACAGAAUUUAAAUUCUAUAUCACAAAAAUCCGAAAUAAAAGAAAUUUUAUUGAUAAAUCUUGGAAAAAGAUCGAAAGAACCUUAUUUAGUUGCGUGUACAAGUGUUGGAGAUAUAAUUAUAUAUAAGCCUAUCAAUAUAUUUCCAGCAGCGAUGUAUUUGAUUCUUUCAAAAAUCACAAUCACAAGCAGAAUUGAAUAUAUAUCAUGUGAUACUAUCUAUAGUGAUAUACAUGAUAAACCUGUCUCUAAAAGAUCUACUCAACAAGAGCCUAAACUUAUUCAUUCAUCACAAGGAUGUGAGAACCUGGAUGCUUGUAAUGUGGGUGUGCAUUUUGAAGAAAUUCUUGAUACACAUGAUCCAGAUGAUUAUGAGGUUGUAUCUCAAUCUCAGUUGAUUAUCUCGCGUCAAGCUUUUUGCAAUAAUGCUAGCAAGUAUUUCAUUAAUGGACAACAAAGCAAUUACACUGAAGUUACAAAAGCAAAUGAAAAGCUUGAAUUAUUGGAUGAAGAACGUUCAGAGAAAUUAAAUCGUGUUAAUAUAGUUGAAUGGAUAAACAAAGAUCGUUUGGGUAAUCUUGGUGUCAUUGAUGAUAAAUACGAUGUCGCGAUUUCAACUGCCUGUCCUGCAUUGAACGACAUCGUGGUUGAUUCUGUUGAAGUUGGAAAAACUUGUGUAGAAUAUCUUAGAAAAAACGAUUUAGGUCGCGUCACAUUCAUUCUUUUGAAUAAACUACCUACCGUAGAUAUGCGGUCGAUACAAACACCUGAAAACGUUCCCCGUCUUUUUGAUCUUGUUAAGCCGAAAGAUGACAAGUUUAUCCCAGCAUUUUAUAAUAUGUUACAAGAUACUUUGUUAGCCGAAAAUUUACAACAAGCGAAAAGGAUAGCAUUUGGUAAAACUCGAUGGCGCGUAGUGACUUUAAAUGGAGAAUUGAUUGAGAAAUCUGGCACUAUGAGUGGCAAUGAUCAAGCGUUGAAAGCUUCCGACAUAACACCCGAGAAAAUAGCAAAAUUAGAAAGAGAACAUAAUCACUUAGAAGUACAGUGUAGAGAAUUUGAUGAAAAAGUUAGUUCUUUAGAAUCUCAACUUCAAGAGAAAAAGGAUAAACUUCCUAAAUUAGAGUUGGAACUAUCAAAGUUAGAGAUAUGUGCUGAUUUUUGCGUAAAAAGUAUUACCGAUAAUGAAACAAGAAUAGUCGAGUUACGGCAAAAAGAGAAUUUAAAUAUAGAGCGUAUGGGACAACUUCGAACACAAAAUGAUCAUCUUACACAAGAGUUGGAUAGAUUGAAACGUCAACCUUCUAAAAUUAAUGAAGAGAUCAAGAUUUUGCAAGAUAAGAUUUUGGAAAUUGGGGGUGAUAAACUUCGAGCUCAAAAGUCUAAAAUAGAACAU